CAGGACCUUCGGGUCUUGAUCAGCCAGGACCUUCGGGUCUUGGUCAGCCAGGACCUUCGGGUCUUGGUCAGCCAGGACCUUCGGGUCUUGGUCAGCCAGGACCUUCGGGUCUUGAUCAGCCAGGACCUUCGGGUCUUGAUCAACCAGGACCAAGUAGGUACUGCAGAAGGACUGGAGUCAGAGAGAGGCUAAUGCAGGACAAGACCUAUAAUGCAGAUGUGCCACUAUCUUCAGAUGAAGUACAGGUGUCAGGGUCAUCUUCACAAGACUCUCUUUCUCCGAGGAAAAAAAUGCCGAGGCUUGAAAGUAAUUUACUAAAGGAUGCAAAUGAAGAAUCUGAUGAAGCUGAAGAUACCGAUGCCCAGUCUGACUGGGCUUAUGGUGGAGAUACCUUCUUAGAGAGAAGUGAUUACGGUUUGAUUCGGUGGUAUCCAGAGGAUCCCCAUUCAUUUCUGUCUGAUGAUAGUAGUCAUUGUGAUUACCAGUUAAUGACCCAUCUGUAUCAUACUAUCCAUCUCGAUGAGUUUUUCAAAACUCAAAUAAACCAACAUUUUAUAAUGAAAGAUUUGGUUCGGGGUCCAAACAGAGAAAAAAUCAAAGGAUUCUAUUUGAGGACACGCAGUGAAGAGCAGCCCCCUCAUAAUAAGUAUGGCAAUUGCAGUUAUUACAUCAAAUUCAUGUCGUUGGUGGAACUUUGUCUUGAAAAUAACAUAAGACAGUUUUAUUUACUGGAUGCAUGCCAAUCGAAUAAUAAAUGUGCAACUCGCUAUUUGAUAACUGAUAACACGGAAAGGUUUUUUAAACAUCAGUGGGCAUUUGAUUGCAGAGGUUACGGGGGAUCGUGGCAUGCCAUUCCUGGCCCAUUAUGGUAUGAGCACAAGUAUGCAAGGUAUAUCAGGGGUUUCAGAUCAAAUCAGGAUUGGCCAGUCCUUCAUGAACUGGAGUUCUUUGUAUCCAUUGCUGAUGCCCUGAGGGAUGCAUUAUUUAGUCGUUGUAAAGCUAAAUGUGAGGAACAUGCCGAAUCCAACAAUGAGGAUAAUUGUUACAGAUACAGGAAUGGUUCUGCAGAGGACUGGUUAAUAUGUCCAUAUCCCUACUCGAAACAAGAAACCCUUAACGAACUAAAACGAUUUGUAAGAACUGAUGGUACACUCUGCAGGAGUUUUUCAUGAAAUAAAAAAAAAAAAAGAGGUCAAAAUCGUUAUCAAUAAUAGAAUCUGAUGGAGAUAUUCUAUUUAAAAGUUUGUGCAGGGAAUUUAUCAUUAAGAGAACAGGGUUCCUUGUUGAUUUGUGUAAGUAAUCUGUUGAAAACCGAAGCAAUUUAGGUGUGAUUGAAAAAAAUAAGAUAACGAUGGGCUUUUCUUCUGGCAAUGAAGUUUGGUACAAUUUGAAAUUUUAUUUAGUCAGAAGUCUUUACACACUUUAAUAUAAAGUUGCAAAAUCUUAGUUUCUUCAUUGUUUUGCCUUUUCAUAUCUGUGCGAUGAUUGAUAGCUUCUGAUAUAUGUACAUUUAUACUGAAGACAUCUUCAGUGUUUUGAACGACGUUCUAAAUUGAAGUGUUAAGUAGAGGGCAUGAGUAUUCAUUCAUUUUACUUUCUUAGUUUAAUAACUCGGUGGAAUAUCAUAACGUGCAUAAGAGAGUUUAAUAGUGUACUUGUAGUAAUUAUAUAGUGUACAGAAUAUUGAUGAUUUAAAUGUAAAUUUAUUUUUAAGGUUUAAGGUAAUUUAUUUAAUCCAUUCACUUAUUUGUAAAUUGUUAAAAUGUUUAAAAAUCAAAUGCAAUAAACCUUUCAGAAUAAAAUUUAUUUUGAUUAUU